UCUCUCUCCUCUCUCUGUCUCGGUGUCUCUGCACUGCAGCAGACUCUGCGAUCUGACACCGCCGACAGCUCCCGGCACUCAUGUUCCUGGCCUUCCCCGGGUGGGGGUGGGGGGCUGUCCCCUGCCUUGCCCAUGUUUGGCGAGCCCGACCCUCCCCGCCGCGCACCAGCAGGUUUGCAGGCUGAUAGUCUCUCCCCACCCCCCACCCCAUCAUUUUCUCAAAGUCUGGCAGAUGAAAAGUCUCCGCUGCUUACGAAACCGGCCCGGGGUUUUUCCUACUUAGGGAUAGCAAGGGGAUCCUUAUGCAGCACCACGUGAAAUGAACAAAACUCCACAGCCCUCAGGAGGAACCCCAUCAGCCCCACACCCCUCCCCUUCUCCUGGACUUCCACAGCAGUCAGCAUUUCCUCCUGGCCAGACGGCACCUGUGGUUUUUAACCCAGCGCAAGCUACCCAAAUGAAUACGCCUUCCCAGCCUCGACAGCAUUUCUACCAGAGCAGGGCCCAGCCUCCGACAAGUGCUUCCCGGGUGCAGAGUAACGCGUCGGCUCGGCCUGGCCCACCCACUCAUGUUUAUCCAGCUGCUUCCCAGGUGAUGAUGAUCCCCUCACAGAUCUCCUACCCUGCUUCGCAAGGCGCCUACUACAUCCCCGGACAGGGCCGCUCCACGUACGUUGUUCCGCCUCAGCAAUAUCCUGUCCAGCCCGGUGCCCCCAGCUUUUACCCUGGAGCCAGCCCCACAGAAUUCAGCACCUAUGCUGGUGCCUAUUAUCCUGCCCAGAGCAUGCAACAGUUCCCGACUACCCAGGUUGUGAUUCCACCCAUUCCGCCAAAGCGAGAGCGCAAGACGAUCCGAAUACGAGAUCCAAAUCAGGGCGGCAAGGAUAUCACAGAGGAAAUAAUGUCUGGAGCUAGAACUUCUUCUACCCCCACUCCUCCACAGGCCGGAAGCGGUCCAGAGCCCCAGGCCAACGGAGAGACACCCCAUGUAGCUGUUAUUGUCCGGCCAGAUGAUCGCCCCAAGACCGGCCCAUUAGUAAGUAAACCGGUUCCCUUGGAGGCUAGUAAAUCUGCGUCCCCGUCUCCCCCGCCGCCCCUCAUCCCGGAGGUGGAGGCUGUGCUGCCGGCUGACGUGAUGCUGGUGCGCCCAGAGAGCCCCGUGGCAGUGGACACUACAGAGGAGCCGCCGGAGAUCCCCACGGAUAUCCUCGAGCCCGUUAGCGCCACCACUACAGUGCCAGGGGGCCCCGUGCUCCCUCCGGAAGUCCCCGACCUGGACACAGAGACUCAGGAGGAGGCAGCUGCUAGCCCAAUUUUGGAGCUUCCUUCCCAGCCCGAAAUGCCGACGGAGGAAGAGGUGGCGCCGUCGGAGACAGUGACUACCCAGCAGGAGGCGCCUCAGUCCGAGGAGCAUCCUGUCACGCUGCCGGCCGGCCCCCCGACCCCGCCACCAUCGCUGGAGGAAGCUUCCGAGGGGCCGAUGGAGUCCAAUGGAGUGUUGGAGGAGGAAACGCCAGAGCCCACGCCGGCGGACGUCCCGCCCCAGCCAGAUUCAGCCGUGGAGUCCCCCAUCGCUCAGCCCGAGGAGCUGGCCGUGCCUUACGGGCUGGGGGUCUCGGGCCAGCAGGAGGCCAGCGAGCCCGAGGAGCAGCCCGAAUCGGACGUCAGCCCCAUCUCCGAGCCCGAGGAGGUGAAGGCCGAGGAGGAGGUGGCCCCGCUGGCCACGCCUCCUGCCGAAGAGGAGGAGCCCGAGCAAGAGGAAGAAGAGGAGGAGGAAUGCGAGGAGCUGGCCGAGAUGCCAGAGCAGAGUGCCCAGCCGGCAGCUGUGCCGCUGGAGGCCGAGGAGGUGACCACGCAAGUGGCCAUAUCAGUGCCAAAGAAGAAGCGAAAGUUGAAGGACCUGAACAAGAAGGAGGCCGUGGGAGACCUGCUGGAUGCGUUCAAAGAGGUCAGUGAGGGGGGCUCUGAGACGGAGAACAAGCCCCCUGUGCCAGCCCCGGAGCCCGAGGAGCCUGCCCCGGUGCGCUCCCCGGAGGAGGCCGAGGAGACCUGGGAAGAGAAGGAGGAUAAACUAGACCCCGAGAAGGUCAAGCAGGCGGACCAGAAGUACGGCUACAAGGAAGAGCAGUGGAAGCCCCUGAACCCGGAGGAGAAGAAGAGCUAUGACCGGGAGUUCCUGCUGGGUUUCCAGUUCAUCUUUGCUAGCAUGCAGAAGCCCGAAGGGUUGCCCCAUAUCACUGAGGUGGUCCUGGAAAAGGUAAAUAAAAUGCCCCUCCGACCUCUGGAUCCUGUGCGCCUGAACACCAUGAAUUGUGGACCGGACUUCACGCCCUCCUUCGCCAAUCUGGGCCGCCCAGCCCCGCCCAACCGUGGACCACCUGCAGGGCCAGGACCGCGCCGUUCCCAGCAAAGCCAGCGGAAAGAGUUCCGGAAGAUUAUCCCCAACGUGUCUCUGAACGAAGACGUCAAGCUCAACAAGGCUGAGAAAGCCUGGAAGCCCAGCAGCAAGCGAGCCAGCGAGCCGGAGGAUCCCGAAAACGUCAAAACCCAGGAGCUGUUCCGGCGUGUGCGCAGCAUUCUGAACAAGCUGACACCGCAGAUGUUCCAGCAGCUGAUGAAGCAGGUGACAGAGCUGUCCAUUGACACAGAGGAGCGCCUCAAGGGCGUCAUUGACCUCAUCUUUGAGAAGGCCAUCUCCGAGCCAAACUUCUCCGUUGCCUAUGCCAACAUGUGCCGUUGCCUUAUGGGGCUGAAAGUCCCCACUACUGACAAACCGACCGUGAUGGUCAACUUCCGCAAGGUACUCCUGAACCGGUGCCAGAAAGAGUUUGAGAAAGACAAAGACGACGACGAGAUUUUUGAGAAGAAGCAGAAGGAGAUGGACGAGGCUGGUGUGAGUUGUGAGAGAGCCCGCCUGAAGGAAGAGCUGGACGACGCCCGGGACAAGGCCCGCCGGCGCUCCCUGGGCAACAUCAAGUUUAUCGGGGAGCUCUUCAAGCUGAAGAUGCUGACGGAAGCCAUCAUGCACGACUGCGUGGUGAAGCUGCUCAAAAACCACGACGAGGAGUCGCUGGAGUGCUUGUGCCGGCUGCUCACCACCAUCGGCAAAGACCUGGACUUCGAAAAAGCCAAGCCUCGAAUGGACCAGUACUUCAACCAGAUGGAGAAGAUCAUUAAGGAGAAGAAGACGUCCUCACGUAUCCGCUUCAUGCUGCAGGAUGUGAUUGACCUCAGACGGAACACCUGGGUGCCAAGGAGAGGGGACCAGGGUCCCAAGACCAUUGACCAGAUCCACAAGGAAGCGGAGAUGGAGGAGCACCGUGAGCACAUUAAAGUGCAGCAACUGAUGUCCAAGCAGGAUAAGAGGAGAGGGCCUCCGGGCCCAUCAUCCGCAGGUGGGCGAGGGAGCCUCGUUUCAGAUGACGGCUGGAACACCGUUCCCAUCAGCAAGGGCAACAGACCGAUUGACACCAGCAGGAUCACCAAGAUCACCAAGCCUGGUUCAAUCGAUACCAACAACCAGCUCUUUGCGCCUGGUGGGCGUCUGAGCUGGGGGAAAGGCAGCAGCGGUGGUUCGGGUGCCAAGCCUGCUGAACCAGCGUCGGACUCCAGCCGACCAGCCACGAGUACCUUGAAUCGCUUCUCAGCCUUACAACAGUCAGCUCCAGGAGAGAGCCAGGACGUUCGGCGGGUGGUGCAAAGAAACAGCAGCAGCCGCGACCGCUCUGACAAGGGCAACGAGCGAGGAGACCGCCUGGAGCGCGAGCGGCCAGAGAGGGGGGACCGCCUGGAGCGAUCGGAGAGGCCGGAGCGGUCUGACCGAAACAGGGGCCCCAUCACCAAGCGCAGCUUCAGCAAAGAGAUGGAUGACAGGAGUCGGGAGCGCGAACGGCAAGGCGUCCUCGAGAGCGUGCGCAAAGUGGCCAGCAUGACGGAGGAGCGGGACCGAAGCAGGGAGCCACCAAAGCGUGAACCCGUAGCCCCAGAGCCUCCCGCCAAACCGGCCUUGUCUGAAGAAGAGCUGGGGAAGAAAGCCAGAGCCAUCAUUGAGGAGUACCUGCACAUCAACGACAUGAAGGAGGCUCUGCAGUGCGUACAGGAGCUGGGCUGCUCCUCUCAGCUCUACAUCUUCGUCCGGAACGGCAUCGAGUCCACGCUGGAGCGGAGCACCAUCGCCCGCGAGCACAUGGGGCUGCUGCUCUACCAGCUGGUCAAGGGAGGCGGCCUCUCCAAGGAGCAGUACUACAAAGGGCUGCAUGAGAUCUUGGAGAUCGGGGAGGACAUGGAGAUUGAUAUCCCCCACAUCUGGCUGUACCUAGCGGAGAUCAUCACGCCCAUCCUGAAAGAAGACGGCAUCCCCAUGGAGGAGCUGUUCAGGGAGAUCGCCAAGCCUUUGGUACCGAUUGGCAAGGCCACAACUCUGCUGCUGGAGAUCCUGGGCCUGCUUUGCAAAGGGAUGAGCCACAAGAAGGCGGGGACCCUGUGGAGAGAAGGGGGCCUGAGCUGGAAGGAGUUCCUUCCGGAGGACCAGGACAUCAAUAAGUUCAUCACGGAGCAGAAAGUGGAGUACACCAUGGGUGACAGUUCAGACGCACCCAGCCGCAAGGAGCUCACCUCCGAAGAGCUGUGCAAGCAGCUAGACAAGCUAUUGAAAGAGAAUGCAAAUAACCAAAGAAUAUACGACUGGAUCGAGGCCAACCUGAGUGAUCAGCAGAUCUCAUCCAAUAUGUUCGUCAGGGCCCUGAUGACAUCGGUGUGCCAUUCGGCUGUUGUCUUCGAGAAUCCGUACCGGAUGGACAGUCCUGUGAUAAAGAGCCGAGCCAAGCUGCUGCAGAAAUACCUGAGUGAUGAAGAUAAGGAGCUGCAGGCGCUCUACGCGUUACAGGCCCUCGUGGUGAAGCUGGACCAGCCGGCAAAUCUUCUCCGAAUGUUCUUCGAUGCCUUGUACGACGAGGACGUGGUGAAAGAGGAGGCCUUCUACAAGUGGGAGUCGAGCAAAGACGCCGCCGAGCAGCAGGGCAAGGGCGUCGCCCUCAAGUCGGUCACGGCCUUUUACACUUGGUUGCGCGAAGCGGAGGACGAAUCGGACAACAACUGAGCUCCCCUCCCCCCCACGUGGGGAGGGGGCGGGCUGAGCCUGCCAGGCUGCCCUGCCCCCUCCCCGGAGCCUUGGACUCCUUUGGGGUGGCGGUGUGGGGAAGGAUACGCAGGACUUUGAGUACCGCCGUCCACACACCUCCGCCCUCACCCUCACCCUGGACUUCUUUUCCUUUUUCCUUAUUUUUUUUUUGGUUGGGAUUUUUUGUUUUUUGUUUUAACAGCCUGUAUUGGUUUGUGUCUGACGAUAAUAAAUUGAUGCUGAAGGAGGUAGGUGUCGCUGUGGGCACUCCGCUCAGCCCCCUGGGCCAGCGCCCCGGGCACCCGGAUGAUUUUAAUGAGCGGGGGCCCAACUCUGGCAGGUGCAAAGCGCCCGAAACACAUGUCUGUGGCGGAGGGGGGGGGGCGGGGAGCCCGAUGCCACUGCUCCCCCCGUCUCCCCCCUCCCAGUUAUUGCUGAAAUAUAGAGAGAUUAUAUAAAUAUAUAUAUAAAAUAUAAAUAUAGACUUAUUAAAUCUUUUGAGAGGAUAGGACUUUGCUGUCCGCAAACUUUGCCCUCCUGUACCCGACGCUUCAACCCCACACACCCCCUUGGAUCACCGCCUGGAAUUACGCAAAACCUCUUGAUGGAUUUUUUUUUUUUGAGAGAGAGAGAGAGAAAGAGAGAGAAUCACUUCGAAAACCCACCUCGCUUGGGAGUCGUUGGAGUGGCGCCGGUGGAGGAAUGGGUGGGGGUGGGGGUGCAGUUCCGGGGGUCGUCCCCCCCCCCCGGCCCCCUCCAAUCAGUGCUCCGUUGGAUCCUUGAGCCUCCCGGCUUAAGCCCACCGCCUUCCCUACAUGCCCCCACACUGAGGCCACGGUUGUGCGAUCCGCUUCGUCUGUGCUGGAUGGUUCAAGGAGCUGCGCUUGUAAUUAAAAUAAAGUGGCGAGGGUGGGAAACACAAGCAAAAAUGAAACGAGGAUUCAAUUACCGGUCACAUGAAUUUGUAAAUAUUUUUUCUUUUCUUUUCUUCUUUUUUUUCCUUUUCUUUAUGGAGUAUUUAAUUGAAGAUUCAAAAGCAUCUUUUCACCGUAAACUGGAAAUAAAAAAAGAGAACGUUGCUAAAUGAAA